GCGACCUUGUCCUCAAGGUUGCAGUUAACUUCCGUCUUCUUGACCUUUCGCUUUCUACAUUUCCAGUUGCGCUCAAUUCCAUGAAUAAACUCUUCUCGCGCAAAUCCAACUUUCCUUGACUCUCAUCCAUCCACGUGACAUGUGUCACGUUCUUCAUAGCCGAACAAUCCACCCUGUUCCUUUUCGAAAUCGACGAAAUAAGAAUUGAAGGAUUGUUCUUCCAUGGACUUAGUGGUGAAGACAAACCUUGAUUCUUGUCCUUCACUCUUGGAUGAGCCCAUCUUGAUUUGAUAGAAAGAGGUGUGGCCCAAAUCAGUUGGGCCCGACUCAUUUGGGAGCCCACAUCCGAAUCCUACAAGCCUACUUACUUCUUUCUUCAAGUAACCUUCCGGCAAUUUCAAUACACUAAAAGAGCCCAAUGGAGGCCCCAUACCUGCUUGACUCAGCCCACCUUCUCCAUUAAGCCCAACAGAUUUAUUUUCCUCCUCCCAGCCCGCUUCUUUUUACUCAACAAAGCCCACGACCCACGUGGUUCGGCCCAAGAUGAGCCAAGCUAGUCUCCCCUCUCCUGCCAACGUAUGUCCAAGGCUGAUUGGCUUGUUCUGACUUGAGGCCCGAUCAGUAAGACUGCCCAACGCAAGAGCCUGCGGUUCUAGUCGACCUAGGGGAAGCAAGGGUUCCCAUGGACGAGACGCGCCGCCGCCCUCCUUCUCGUUCGCCGGCGGUGGUUCUUUCUUCUUCACCUCCUUCUCCGUCGGCGAGCCAUCAACUUGAUGGUGCAGUGGCAAUCUUGAGCCGGCGAUCAUCAGCCCCGCCUCUUUGUCGGUUGUAGUCCGUCUAGAAAGAGAAAAAUUGGCGCCCUUCUUCUCCUUCGAUUUUGUCUCUGGUGCAAACGGUCCCUCGACGGCCAGGUGGCCAGUCUGAAUUCACUGCGGCCUUCAACUCCAUCUCAACCUUCGACGACGACUCCUUUUGUGGCGGUGAGUGUUCCACUCGUUAGCAGUUCAGCCGCGUUUCUGGCCUCCUCAGCGGCUCGGCUUCCCCGUCUGUGGACGCCAUGGAUAGAAUCGGUGUCGAUUGCGACGAACCCCGACUGGUGGCCACCACCUCCUCCGUGCCUCGCCGGCCGUUCGCCGUCCGUCGCUGCUUCUUCUUCUUUUUUUAUUCCAUCUCCGACGGUGAUGUCUUCUCCUCGCUGAACGUCGAUACCAAAGGAGCAGUCGCGAUUCUGAGCUCCCUCGAGUCAGACGAACGUCGCAUCACCGCCCUAGCUUCUCACCGUAGAUCUGCUUCGACGCAGAGCCCCGCCAUUUUUGCUCUGCCAGAUCUGGGCUUCAUCCGGGGAUUUUCUUUAAACCUCUAUUCUACAACGCGACUUGGCUUCAAGAUCUUCUCCGAGCCCUCAGUUUGGAUUUCUCCAGAGGCGACUGUCCUCCCCUUGCUAGGGAUAGUAGCAGAAGCGACCGGAUUCCCUCCUCUUCCCUCUUGGCCCACCGCAACCACAGUUGCCUUAGAGGCUUCGUGCCGCUCCUUGUCGGUAGAAGGCAGUGGUGGUCUAGCGACAGUGGAGGCCUUGCUCUGCUCCUUCCUGCCGCCAUUUUCACUCGCAUCGACUCGACUUCCUCCAUCGGACACAUCACAUUCCAACGCUUGCUCCUCUUCUCGGUCGCCGUCCGCCAACUCAGGCUCAACUUUGGUCAGCUGCUGCGCUUUGAUUGCCGCCACCGGGACCUCCUCGUCCCACCACUCAUCUUCAUCUCCGUUCCCGUCGAACUAUGCCAACUACGGCAACAAUUUUUGCGAAUUGUCUUUGAUCAGCUUCCUCCAAUUCGUGUUCUCGACAACUCGACAUGAUUCUGACGGGGUGCCUGCAACCACGGCUCUGAUACCACUAGAAGAACCCCGCUUCUAGGGAUUCUAGGGACUGAUCUUCGGCACCCGCAACUACUCAUGACGAUUAGGGAUUUAGGGUUGAGAGUAGGGAAUUAAGGAUUUAGAUGAGAAGAAUAGAAUAGAUAAAGAAUC